CAGUAUGACAUGCAGAUGAGUGCCGUCGAUCUUAGAAUCACCGCACACUUCACUCAUUUGGGCAGUCACGGGGCCAAAACCAGAGUGUGGAGCCACAGUGUGGCGGUGGAGGCAGCAGCAAUGGGAGGCCAUACAGCACCCUAUGACAAAAAUGGAAACCACCAGCAGUGUGAGGAGACCUGAAAGUGGCACAUGGCAGAGUGUGGCGAUGGAGACAGCAGCAAUGGGAGGCCGUACAGGGACCCAUGACACACUCUGGACCUGGCAGCAGCAUGAGGAGGCGGGGCAGGGGCCCAUGGCAGAUUACGGGCCUGGCAGCAGCAAUGGGAGGCCCGUAAUCUGCCAGCACCCUAUGACAAAAAAUGGAACACACCAGCAGUGUGUGAGGAGACCUGAAAGUGGCACA